AUGUAUGCCCUGAAUUCAACUGCUGGGGUUAAUUCCUCUCUCUCUCUUCUCCCCAAGAGCCCCGGUUCAAAUGCUGUCUCACCUUUCUCCCGUGAAUUCGACGGCAACGCGUUCCCUCCAUCGCGUUACAGCCCCGGACGCAAGGAUGACAAGAACCCCGCACACAACAUGAACAGCACUACCGCGAUUUUUAAGAUGCACCUUAUGUCCCAGAUAUCUCAAUUGCCUUCUCAGCCAUGUUCUCUACCACCCAACUUUAUUUGUUCUUUUGUCCGCCGCUGUCUCCCGGAAGACCUCGCUCUCGUUGACUUUCCCCAGGCAUUGACGGCUCUAGACUACCUUCGGGACCUUGAGCAGCGUCGUGGCAAAGAGAUCAAAACUGCCUUGGAGAAACUUGGUGUGCUUGAUGAUGCUUUUGACAAAGAUGAUCUUGUGAAACGGUAUCCUGGAGUUUCAAGCUGGAUUGACUCAAUCAUGGAGAAGGACAGAUAUGCUGCUGCUCUAUACUCACAAGUCUAUCUCCGUCUUAGAUAUUGGCAAAAUGCGUUGCCCAUGCUAAACACGCUUAUCCCCGCUGUUAUAUCUGUCCGGCUUGCUGCGCACGUUUGUGAAAGGAUGCUCAUGGAAGAACGUCAUACGUUCUUUAGGUAUAUAUGCCAAGUAGAAGAUAAAGGCCAACGCGUACUCGAUCCGCUCAUCUUAAAGGACAGGCGGCCGGGGGAGUCUACAGGAUGGCCUGUGGUGCACGAAUAUAUCAACAAAUUCAUGUGUUCAGCGAUUGAUAUCAUCAACGAAUGCUUCGAAAUCAACAAUCGGGACAGCCUCGAGGAACAAUCUGGAUACAACAGAACCAGUAAGGGCCGAAAGGUCGAUUCGGGAAUCAGCUUUGGAUCUAAUAAUGACUACGGCCGCCCGUCAACCAGCAGCAGCACCGGUAACACAAACAACAACGAUAGCAAUACCAACAUAAACCACAACUACAGCGGCAGCACCAGCUCCGUCAACGGCGGAUCCCUCAACAAACCACUCCCACCAUCCCCAACGCCCAAAACGGUCAAAAUGCCUAAAACACCUAAGGCUAGCAAGACGAGCAGUAGCUCCACACUUGAACGCAUCGGCAAGGAGCUGCGCAAGAUGCGCUCGCGUGGCGACUUCAACGAGGACAAGCCGCCCAGGUCAUCGCGCAGCGUCAGCACGCUCCGCAAAAUGCGCUCCACGAGCAUUCUGGGCGAGCGCGAUCGAAAUCUUGGCAGUAGCCACGGUGAGAGCGAGUUUGAUGCUGAGGAGUUUCGACGAAAGCGGAUGAUUUGGGAAGCGAAGCAUAAUCACAACCAUACGAGUCAGCGCGUGAUAUAA